CGCGUCCUCUCCUCAUAUGGUUUCCAUUUGUUCAUAAGAGUUCCUCGCGACAAGUUAUCAACAAUAAACAAAAUGUACUUUUUUUUAGACUUUCGUUCGGUGCUAGUUUUUAUUGGUCAACUAUUAGUGUUGUUUUAUGUUAUAUUUGUAACAAAAAAUUGGCGCUUUUUCAAGUUUGCUUGGCACAAUAAUGGAUUUUUUUUUCCAAUGUUUCCAUUUAUUGGGACAAUGUAUAUUGCCGUUAUCGCGGGACAACGAAAAAAUGUAAUUGCAAUGGCCGAUUUCGUGCAAAAAUAUAUAGGAUUUCCAUUUAAUCUAUGGCACGGAUAUGACUAUUAUUACUUCACACAGGAUCCAAACGAGGCAAAAACUUUAUUGCACAAUUUAGGCGCCCAGAACAAAGGCACGGUAUACAACGAUAUAGCUUAUGUUUUUCAAGAUUCCUUAUUGACCAUAGAGUACAAGAGAUGGAGACUACGUCGUAAAGAAUAUGCUAAAUGUUUUAAACCUAGUAGCCUAAAAAUGUUUAGUUUAGAUUACUAUAAAGGCAGUAGUGAUUUUAUAAGAGAAAUUAUGGCUCAAAAUGGUAGACAAUCGCUGUCCUACGACGAUUUCACCAAAUAUGCUUUUAAAAACUUUUUUUUGACAUCUCUUGGUUUGGAUAAACAACCCGAGAACAUGCAUCGAUUUGGUGAAUGUUUAAUGCAAUUCCAGGAAGACGUGGCUCAAAAGUUAUUAGAUCCAUUAACGCCUGUGAGCAUGUGGUAUUAUUUGUCUCCGGGUGGACGAAAUACGGCUAAAAAUAUGAAAGAAAUCACGUCUAUAAGUCGGCAGAUAUUUGAAGAUAAAACAAAACAAAGAGCAGAUUUUAAAGCAUUUAUUGAACACGAAGAUAAUCCAGCAUUGCUUGAUUUAAUGAUGAGCUUGAAAGGAACACUUCUAAAUGACAAAAAUGUAUUGGAUGAUCUGGUAUUUUUCUCAGCUGCGGCUUCUGACACAUCCGGUCAUUUUCUAAUGAUAUGCUUUACUUUGAUAGGAAUGUUUCAAGAUGUACAGGAAAAAAUAUAUCAAGAAAUAGUUGAUUUGGUUGGCCAAAAACCAAUCCUACCAGAUGAUGUGCCAAAACUCGAAUAUAUAGAAGCAGUAGUUCAUGAAACUCUAAGACUCUUUCCUGUUAUACCAAUCCUUAGUAGAAAAUUAGACAAGGAUGUAGAUUUAGGCGACAAAGUUAUUCCCAAAGGUUCAAACGUUGGAAUUUCCGUUUAUCACAUCCAAAGAAAUCCAACUUACUGGCCGGAUCCUCUUAAGUUUGAUCCUACAAGAUUCCUGCCAGAAAAUGCUUCCAAAAUCCAGCCAAAUACUUAUAUGGCAUUUUCCAGCGGCCCUAGAGACUGCUUAGGUAAAGCUCAAGCUCUGUGUAUGUUGAAAAUAACUAUUGCAUCAGUCGUGAGAAAUUUUAAAGUUCUUUCAAAGCAUAAAUCAGUUGAAGAGUUUAAAGUUAUGUCUGCGUUGUCGUUGAAAACUACGCAUCCUUUGGAUUGUCGUUUUGUGCCUAGAACUGCAGAGCUCCAACAUGGAUCUCAAGAAGAAAUUUAAGGAUGUAACCAAAUAUUGUUAAAUAAAUUG